CCAGUUACAGUAACAUUAUGGCGGCUGGGACCUGCGGAGGAGGACAACUUAUUCUAGAUUCAUUCCAGAAAACUGUACGAAGGCGACGGCUUUAAAUCAAAACCCGUCUCGGCAAAACACGGCCGUGGACUGAGACAGACGACGGCCGCGCAACUUGUGGCUUUUACGGAGUUUCUUUCCCCCUCCCUCCCUGGAAGAUAAUACUAAUAAUCGGGCUGGUGUGAUGCGUGAGGACCCGCAGUCGAGAAACUCCCCUGAUUUUUCCGCGUCUGUUUCUGCCCCUGACUGGCUGUCAGUUAGCUGGCUAGCUGCUCGGUAGUUCACCACCGCAUUCAUGCUAACGUUUGUUUGCAAUGCUCCGUAGUAGCUAGUAGCCAAAAAGGCGGGCUAGCUUGCCGCUUUUAUUUGCUCCAGGAGACAGGGAUGGCAUUUCGCCUCCACCCGGUAAGCGAACUGGUCGAGAGGGGUGGGGAGAAAACAUUUAAGACCCGGUGUAUAAGUUUGUCAGCACUCAUUAGCCUAGCCUAGCCUAGCUUAGCUUAGCCUAGCUUGCUGGUACAACGCCAGAAACCGUUGGCCGAGAGUUUAGCGCUUUUGCCUGUUCACUAGCGAGCUAGCCAAUUAGCAUUUUAGUUGCACAAGACGACCUGCUAAUCCCCCGUUCAUCCCGUCUAAGUGUUUUGAAGCCUCUGCACCAACUAAUUCAGACGAAGAGAGGACACGGACCUGCUUUAGUUUGCCUAAUUGACCGUUAAUGUAUAAUAACUCAGGGGUGAUUAGUCUUGCUAGGUGUAAUUAGCGACCUUAUAGGUGUUCUGUGGAGAGAGUGGUAGCCUAAGGUAGCUAGCUAAGGUUCCCUGUUUCAGGGAAACGAUGUCACACAGAUUAUGGCUGUAAAUACGGAUAUAUUACAUAUGACACACGCCAAAUGUAAGCCCACUGGCGUUGUUGCACUAACUCAUUCAGUUAGUAGUCACAAUUAACUGUGUGUGAGCUGUUGCUAUCUUGGGGGGGACUGAACAUCAAGUCUUUGGUGGCUGACUGGCUGUCUGCUUCAGUGCUGGAAUAGUUUGAUGGACGUGGGAGGCUGUUUUCCAAGCUGUCAGUGCUAUACUCAGUCAUGUAUGUCUUGACACAUAGCACCCUGGUCUGUACAUAGUGCCUGCUGUCAGAUUAUAGAAGUAUCGUUAUGUAGCUUUUGGUGGACAGUCAGUAAGGGGAAUGUCUUGUCUGUUUUAUACCUGUUGGUUUGUUUUUUUAUUUCCAUUUGUUUCAAACACAGGAGAGUCUUGUUGAAUCGAAGUGGGAGAGCGGUGCAGCCUGGGCUGUGCACAGUGGACAAUGUUUAUUAGUUAGUGCUUAGGACAUUUUUAGAGUACUACUACCAUUUCUGCCUACAUAUAGGCCACAGAUAUCGCAGAUUAUUCAUUGGGUAUUGCAACAGAAGACUGCCACUCUGGAUCAAGAAAACCUUUCCCUCGUGUCUGGUUGGAGUAAUACUCUUAAGCCAAAAUCAAUGCCUUCAUCGCUGGCUGUGUUCGCCUGCCGACCCAACUCGCACCCUUUCCAGGAGCGGCAUGUGUACCUGGAUGAGCCAGUCAAGAUCGGCAGGUCCGUGGCUCGGUGCCGGCCGGCCCAGAACAACGCCACCUUUGAUUGCAAGGUGCUGUCCAGGAAUCAUGCCCUGGUUUGGUUUGACCACAAGACCGGCAAGUUCUACCUGCAGGACACUAAAAGCAGCAAUGGGACGUUCAUCAACAGCCAGAGGUUGAGUCGCGGCUCGGAGGAGAGUCCGCCCUGCGAAGUUCUCUCCGGCGACAUCAUUCAGUUUGGCGUCGACGUCACUGAGAACACACGCAAAGUCACCCAUGGCUGCAUCGUGUCAACAAUCAAACUCUUCCUACCUGAUGGGAUGGAGGCACGCCGACGAAGCGAUGUCAUCCAGGCUCCGUUACCACUACCUGUAGACAAGGUUGCAGCCAACACUCCCAGUAUGUAUUCUCAGGAACUGUUCCAGCUCUCCCAAUAUCUACAGGAGGCCUUACACAGAGAGCAGAUGUUGGAGCAGAAGCUAGCCACUCUGCAGCGACUGUUAGCCAACACUCAGGAGGCCUCAGAGAGCAGCUGGCAGGCUCUGAUCGAUGAAGAUCGUCUGCUCUCCAGACUGGAGGUGAUGGGCAGUCAGCUACAGGCUUACUCCAAGUCCCAGACGGAGGAAGGGAUCCGUAAGGAGCUUUUGGCUCUUCAGGAGGACAAACACAACUACGAGACGACAGCGAAGGAGUCUCUGAGGAGAGUCCUGCAGGAGAAGAUCGAAGUGGUCCGAAAGCUGUCAGAGGUGGAGCGCUCCCUCAGUAACACGGAGGACGAGUGCACCCACCUGAAGGAGAUGUCUGAGCGGGGCCAGGAGGAGCUGAGGGAGCUCGCCAACAAGUACAACGCUGCCGUCAACGAGAUCAAAGAGCUCACUGAUAAAAUUAAGGCGGCUGAGGGCCGGCAGGAGGAGUUGACCCAGCGCGGAGCGACAGAGAAGAGAGAGUUGGAGCUGAGGAUCGAGGAGAUGGAGGAGAAGGAGCAGGUUCUCCAGGCUCGCAUCGAAGCUCUGCAGGCAGACAACGACUUCACUAACGAGAGGCUCGCUGCUCUGCAGGUUCGGUUAGAACAGCUCCAAGAGAAAAGCAUUAAAGAAAACAACAGCCUGGAUGUGGACCUUGUCUCCCACGGACCAGUAGAGGAGCCUGUCGAGGACAAAGAGAGCCUGCAGACACCUGAGAGCCAGGAGGAAGACGAGGAUGAGGAGGAUACAGACACCGAUGAUGGUGCAUUUGGUCAAGAUGAAGAUGUUGAUGACAACUGUCAUGUUAACAACAGUGGAGGAGACUCGACUAGAAUCCAACAGUUGAUUGAGUGUCCGCCGGUGAAACAGCUGAAGGAGACCGUAAGUUCUUCAAUCCACAAACUGGCCAACUUUGAUGAAGUGAUGGACGCCCACCUACAGAACAACCAGACGGCAGAAGACGAUAUCCUGGCCAGCCCCGAUCGACUCAAAGGGAAUCCGAUGGAUGCCAAAGAGUCCGAUAUGUCAGACACUCUGAGUCCCAGCAAAGACCGCAGCAGUGAUGACACAUCAGACGGCAACAUGGACGACCAGGAGCUGAAUGAACCACAGAACAGAGUAGCUCUGCUCAAAGCGGAGUUGCAUCGGGCCGGUCUAGAGCCUGAUGACACUGAGCAGGUCAUCCACCACCUCCACAGAGAGCUUCUGGACGCCCAGGACUUAGCCAACACUGGCAAGCAGAGAUGUCUGGAGCUACAAGCUCUGCUGGAGGAGGAGAGGAGGAGUAACUCUCGGCAGACUGAAGAGUCGACCAAACAGAUCCAGUUCCUGCAGACUCAGCUUGGAAAGCUGCAGUCUGACAUGGAGGCACUGAGGGAGCAGAGGGAGAGCACCAUCUGCACCACCAGAGAGGAGCUCUACUGCGCCCAGGAGGAGAUUCUCGUCCUCCGGCACGCCAUGGAGGCAGCCACGGCGGAGCGUGAGCGUGAGAUCUCCGCCUUGCAGGCCGACCUGGGCAGCGUGCGGUCUGACCUGGAGCACUGGAGGGACACGGCAGCCAAGUACGAGGGAGAGAUCAGCAGGCUGCAGGAGGCCUUCGCUCAGCAGCAACACCAGCAGAGCUCUACCAGCCAGCUGCAGGCGGAGUGUGUUACGUUGCAGCAGCGGUGUGUGUGUUUGCAGCAGGACUGUGACGGCCUGAGAGGUGAACGGAAAGCUCUUACGGACAAACUGCACCGCCUGGAGACUGAGCUGAGCAGCACCAGGGAGCAGAGUCUGGUUCUCAGCAGCAGUCUGGAGUCCCUGGAGAAGAGGGAGGAGGUUCUGCAGGACAAACUGGGUUCUCUGGAGAAUCAACACCUGCAGGAUGCAAGCAAGCUGAAGAGCCAGCUGGACCAGUCCCAGGCCCACACACACACACUGCAGAGAGAGUGUGAGGAGACACAGUCCCAGCUAUUGAACCUCCGUCAGAACUAUGAGAGAACAGAGAAGGAGAACCUGAAAAUCCACGAGGAGCUGGAGCAGUGCAGGAGCAGCCUGAAGCUGCUGCAGGACAAGACCAGCUCCAGCGGCUGGAGCCCCUGGAUGCCGGUCAUCGCAGUGAUGGUCGCAGUGACGGCAGCCGUCCUCUACCCCAGCCUCUCCAAAAGCAGCUCCACCUAGGACACACACACACACACACACACACACACACACACACACACACACACACACCGCGCGCUCUGAGGAGAGCAUCACUGCUUUACUUGUAUAAAGUCUAAUUGUACAUAAUUGUAGAGGGAAUAUAAAGGUUGUGGUUUCUACGGAGGAUCCAGAAGCUUCUCAGUUUUUAUUUUUCCGUGUUGUUGGUUUCUCGGCUCUCUCUCGGCUGUGGUGGGGGCUUCUUUUUUUUCAUUU